CCUAUCCGUUUGUUUACAAACAAAUAUCGCAUGCAGUAGCAACGUCUUUUUUAUAUAAAUAGACAUUACCUGGUUCAUUAUAACAAUUAGACAAUCAAGAGUCAACGAAAAUGAAGAAACUGCCCAAACUUAGUAUUAAGUCGACAAAAUCAAAGAAAAACGAAAUAGACAAUCAUGAAGAUUUUUCGGAUGACGAAUUUCUAAAAGAUAAUAACGAAAAUAGUGAAAAAUUAAGACAGGACAACAUUCUUCCCGAUUUGGAAACUGAUAUGCCAAGUAGAGCAUGGAGAAGGAUGAGUGAAACACAAACUUUUAAAACAGUAGCCCCACUGAAUAUUCAUUCCCCAGUAAAACCUGAUUGUUUACGAUUUGUUUGUUUGUCUGAUACACACUCUAAGCUCCAUGCAGACGAAAUGUCGAAUUUUUAUGUUCCUCCGGGAGAUAUCUUACUACACGCAGGAGAUUUCUCGAUGAAAGGGAGACCACUGGAAAUCGAACGAUUCAAUGAAGCCCUAGAUAAACUACCUCAUAAAAAGAAGAUUGUAAUCGCAGGAAAUCAUGAGUUGUCUUUUGACGAAAGUCUUUUUACCGAAGCUAACUGUUUCGGAGAGAGUAUUGGAACAGUAAAACGUUGUCUCAAAACCAAAGGAUUAAAAUCUGUUAGAGAAUUAUUGACUAAUGCUAUUUAUUUACAAGAUUCAAUGGUUACUGUUUGUGGAAUAAAUAUCUAUGGAUCUCCUUGGCAACCCCGAUUUGGUUGUUGGGCGUUCAAUGUUAUUCGUGGUGAAGAUAUAUUAAAGAAGUGGAAUUGUAUACCAGAAAAUGUUGAUAUUCUCAUAACACAUGGACCACCAGUUGGUCACGGUGAUGUAACCAAGGCUGGAAUAAAUGUUGGUUGUGUUGAACUUUUAAACACAGUACAGAAACGUGUCAAACCAAAGUAUCAUUUAUUUGGUCACAUACAUGAGGGCUAUGGGCUAACAACAGAUGGAGAAACAUUGUUUAUCAACGCAUCAUCUUGUACCAAAGGAUAUAAACUGUGUAAUCCACCAAUGAUAUUUGAUGUGCCUUUACCGUCUGGCCAGUCAAAAGACAGUUUACUUGAAAGUGUGGAAGUUGUGUCUUAUUCAAAGGAGGAAUCUUCUAGUAAACCAGUAAUAGACAUCAGCCAAAAAGACAAAGAUAACAAACUAUUGACCUUAACACAGUUGAAAUUGACUACAACUAAAACUGAGUAACAAAAACAGUUUAUAAUACAUUAUUUAUUCAACAUUAAUACCUCUUACUUGUCUGUAAACAAGCGUUAUCGCAGAUCAAAUUUAUUCGUUCA